AUGUGCAUAGAUAAGAACUAUCAACGAAGGGACUUCUCAACGAAAAGAUACGAUAGUGAUUCACCACCCCGUGAAUAUUAUCUUUCAUCAGACUCUGACUCCAAGAUCGUACCUGUUUCUCUUACGAACGCCUUUCUUGAAGCUUCUGUAGAGUUUGAGAGUAUUUUAGACCAGACAGCCGAAUCGGAUGUACCUCGCACUCCCCCUCCUCGUCAAGCCCAAAUUCGGUUUAAUAGCGAGGAUAACGAUUUACAUGAUCAAGAUGAGAACGAGAAUGCAUCAAAUGAGGUUCAAGACCUCAUCGCAAAGAUGAAAAAUGCAGAACAUCGUCUUUUUGAAUAUCGUAUUGUCAACCUAUCCGAAGAAAGUCUUGUAGAUCCAAUAAAUAGUCUUUUCGGAUGA